AUGGCGCAAAAUCGACACUGGGAGCAGGACAAGGAUGCGACCGUCUACAUCGGCAACAUCGACGAGCGCGCGACUUCAACCAUGGUCUACGAGAUCAUGCUCCAGAUGGGCCCCAUCCACAACAUUCACAUGCCCCGCGACCGUGUCACACAAACCCACCAGGGCUUCGGCUUCGUCGAGUUCCGCACCCCCAGCGAUGCAGAGUACGCAGCCAACGUGAUGAACGGCGUCAAAUUGUACGGCAAAUCCCUGCGCGUCAACAAGGCCAGCGCAGACAAGCAGAAGCAGGCCGAGGUCGGCGCCGAGCUCUUCGUCGGCAACCUCGACCCCAUGGUCGACGAGAAGAUCCUCUACGACACCUUCUCUCGCUUCGGCCCCCUCCUCACGCUGCCCAAGGUCGCCCGCGAGGACAGCGGCAACUCCAAGGGCUUCGGCUUCAUCUCCUUUGCCGACUUUGAGAGCUCCGACGCCGCCGUCGAGAACCUCCACGGCCAGUACCUCCUCAGCAAGGAGGUGUCUGUCCAGUACGCCUUCAAGAAGGACGGCAAGGGCGAGCGCCACGGCGACGCCGCCGAGCGUGAACUUGCCGCCCAGGCCAAGAAGCGCAACAUUGUCCCCGAGAUGCAGCCCGUCCCCGCCGCCUUCCUCAACCAGCCGCAGCCGCCGCCGGCCGUCGCCCCCGGCGCCCCCCCUGUCCCCGCAGGCUUCGACCCCGCCAACGGCUUGCCGAUGCACCACCAGCACCAACAGCACCCGCACCAGCAACAGCAGCACCCCCAGAUGGCCCAGCCCGGCAUGCCCCCCGGCUUCGCGCCCCCGCCUCGCGGUCUCCCCGCCUACAACGCCGUGCCGCCGCCCCAUGGCGUCCCCG